UUCGUUUACAAAAUUUACAGAGGGAAAUAACUACCGCCGUCUCCCUAUAGUCGGAAUCAAAUGGCCAGCAACGGCGCCGCACUUCACAGUGAUACCACAACCGCGCACGUUAGCUCCGCCGCUGGAACUGACAAUGACGACCUAGUGUUCCUCCGCCGCGCCGCCCGCUCUCUGCCGCCGCCAGUCCUCAAGGACUUGCUGUCCAAUGGCGUUUGUGCACGCUGUAUACUUAAGCAAUUUGGUCUACACGAGCAUAUAUGUUCUCGUCCUUCGGUUACAACACCUCUUCUGGAUGUGAUUCUUCGCGAAGUGGCAGAGCAUGGUGAUGCUGGAGCUGCUAAUGGUAGUGUUGGGGAAAGUAAAGAUAUGGUUAACGUAGAACAAGAUUUACAGGAGGUUUGCAGGGUUUGUCUAGGCAUUUUGCAGUUCCUAUAUAUUGAUGACAAUGGAAUUUCGGUGAAAAAGAGUCAUGCUUGCGAUUUUGCUGCAGCAGUUGCAGACCCUGUAAACCAAGGGGGCUAUCAAAUUGAUAGCUUCUGUCUCCAAGUGUCCCUGCCCCCGGUUGUGGUCGAUAAUGAGCAGGCAGUUUGGUCAUAUAUAAAAGAGAAGUAUAGUUCUGAAUCUUGGUUCACAGAAAAGUUCCCAUCUUCAGGCAUUACAGUGAAAGAUUUCUUGAAAUUGUCAAUUACAAAUCCCUUGGAGAAGUUGUUGGAUGUAAAAUGUAAUGAGAAUUCGUUCCGAGUUCAAUUAACAUACACACUUUCUGAUGCACUAUCCGAGAAAGAGCCCAUUAGUGAGAGCAAUGGCUGCUAUAAGAGGAGGAAAAUAGAUGACACUGAUACCUUGAAGAACUCUUCCGACUUGCAAAAGGUUGAAAGCCAUGACCUCACUUCCAAAUCUUCAAAUGGGUGCAAAGGUGAUCAGGCGGGUUUGUCAAAAUUCCCACUAGAGAAGGUCAAUGGAAAUGGGUGCUGCUCCUUGGUUUUUCAAUGCUAUAAGACUUCUGUCUAUGUUGGUGGGAGAUAUCUUAAGUACUCUAGAAAUGUCAGCCAGUCACGCUGGAUUAUAGAUGAUGAACGAAUGGGUGAAGCAUCUGUUGAGGAAAUCGUUGGUAGCAACAUCCUCCCCAUCUGCCAGGGUGACAAGUACAAGUUCCAUGCUGCCGGGAGAGAAGACAUUGAUGUGCGCAUGCUGGGUACUGGGCGACCUUUUCUGGUUGAGAUCCUAAAUGCACGCCAAUUCCCUUCUGAUCUGUUGAUAAAGGAGAUUGAAACGAAGAUAAAUAGCUUGGAAAGCAAACUUGUGCAAGUGAAGAAUCUUAGGUUUUUGGGUAGUCAGGGUUGGGAACUGAUGCGUGAAGGAGAAGCAGAAAAGCAGAAACAGUAUGUUGCACUGGUGUGGAUUUCUCGCCCCUUUGAAAAUGAAGAUGAGCAAAAGUUAUCAUCGUUCACGGAUCUGAAAGUUUUGCAGAAAACACCAGUGAGAGUCCUCCAUCGUCGAAGUCCACUAGAACGUGAAAAAAUCAUACAUUGGAUGAAAAUAGAGAAGAUAGCUGGUAGUUCUCAAUAUUUUCUUUUGCACUUGUGCACUCAGGCUGGAACUUACAUCAAGGAAUUCGUUCAUGGAGAUCUCGGACGUACAUAUCCCAAUGUCGGUUCGAUCCUAGGAUGCAGAGCAGAAAUAUUGCAACUUGAUGUCACAGAUGUGAAGAUGGAUUGCUUCCAAGCCUGAGUAAUGCUUCUUUGUGCCAAACUUUCAUUUCAGACUCUCUUUUUUUCAUUUCAAACGUAAACAUUCAAUUUUGGUUCUAUUUUAUUGGGACUUUUUAUGAAGUCCUUUCCUUGGUUUAA